AUGAUCAAUUUCUCAUCUGCGUCUGCAUCUGCGUCUGCAUCUGCGUCUGCGUCUGCGUCUGCGUCUGCAUCUUACAAUGCCCCUGGCAUCGCACAGCAGGGCCCUUCCAGGUUUGGCCCUGGUAACGGCCCUGUUUAUCAGAAAACCCUUGCUAUGGUUGUUUUCGAUGUGACUGCUAUUGAGAAUACAGCAGCUCCUGGAGAGGGUAUCAUUUGCGAGGCCUUUGGACAGAGUAAAGAUGAAGAAAUGCAUCCGGAGAGUACAAUUGGGGACUUUUUCUUGACUAAAUAG